AUGGCCAUCCUCAACGACCUUCCAAGAGUCGAAGUCACCAUCCGUGUUAACGGCCAAACCCUCGAAGAGCACCGAGACCGCCAUCUAUCCGAAGCCCCUGAAACAAUCUCCCGGUACAUCGAGAUUCAGUCCGGGCAGACCUUUGAGGUACACAUUAAGACGAAUCCUGGCGCAAUCCGUGGGGCAGGCCACAAGUAUGUCAUUGAUGUGGAUGGCAACAAGGUCGACUGGGGACUCGUGGAGCCUAGACACUGCGUCGGCUCUCCCAAGGUCUCGAUAAGCAAAGGUACCCGAAGGAAGGACGGGAUGUUUCGACCGUACAAGUUCAAUCUCUUCACGACGGACGACGAAGGAUCCAAAGCCCAAACCUCACAAACCAGAAAUCUAGGCACCAUCGACGUCUGUAUCUACCAGCUCUCAACCGUCACCAAACUCCCAGAAACCCCCGAUCCCGCUGCUCGGAAGAGGAGCACGUCCUCUCUGAUCCUCCCAGCCCCUUUGGAGCCCCUGUCAGAGAAAGCUGUGAAGCUUCAGGAGCUGUCUCAUACGGUUGGGUUCGCGGAUGCGCUGCCCGUCGGUAAGAAGAGGAAGCAUAUGACGCGAGUGGUGUACGCCAGCGGUAUUCCUAUUGCUACGUAUCGGUUCUAUUAUCGCUCGAGAGAGAGUCUGAAGAAUCUGGAUAUCGUUGCUCGGACUCCGCCGCCGCCUAUGCUGGAGGAUAUGCGUCCUAUCAAGCGGGAGGAUGAGGACUAG